CUUUCUUGUGCCUCCACCCAGCUGAGCUCCAAGAUGGCAGCUGCGCAAGGGUGAUGAGCAACGACUCUUGAGAGUUCGGUCAUGAAACAGCAUUGGAGUAUGUCGAUCUUUCGGUCUUUGUGGUGAUACGACCAAAAUUUAAUUCCGAGCAAAUUUCGUCACAAUCAACAAGACUAUUGAAGGAUUGUGAAACAAAAUGCUUUUCCAAGGGCUAAGCUAGCAAGCAGCAGUCAGCAAGUAAAUGAACUUGUCUCGUCAGCAACACAAAAGGAAACAUCAGCUUUGCAUACGAUAUAUUUCGUCAUGGCCGUCACUCAAUUCCGUCUGUUUAAGAUCUGCACAUGCUUCGCCAGUUUGCUCUCUUUCUUUAAGAGAUUGAUAUGCAGGAGUGGAAGGGGCCGAAAGCUCAGUGGGGAUCAAAUAACUCUCCCAACCACAGUGGAUUUCUCAUCGUCCAUACCAAAACAGCCAGAUGUUGAAGAAUGGAGUUCCUGGGAUGAAGAAGCUCCAACAAGUAUUAAGAUUGAAGGUGGAAAUGGAAAUGUCCCCCCUCAACCCACUGAGACUGAGGAGCCCGACUACUUCAAAGACAUGGCGCCAACAAUCAGGAAAACACAGAAGAUAGUGCUAAAGAAAAGGGAGCCUUUGAACUACCUGGUGCCUGAUGGCUCGGCAGGUUUCUCCAGCAGACUGGCAGCCUCUCAGGAUAUGAUGACCUUCUCUCCACCUUCAGCAGAACUUGGUGAAAUGGACAACUGGCAGGGGGACACCAACGCUUGGGAAGAUGAGUCUGACGCCACUUGGGAAGCAGAAGAGGUGCUCAGACAACAGAAACUGGCUGACAGAGAAAAGCGGUCUAUGGAGCAGCAGAGGAAGAAGAUGGAGAAAGAGGCUCAGAGGAUGAUGAAGAAAGAGCAAAAGAUGGCUGUUAAGCUUUCGUAACGUCUUGGUAAUGCUCAGGUUUGAGCCAGAGGAUCUCAAGGGAAAGACACUGAAUCAGUCGUGAGUUUAUCUUUAAAAUCAGCAACCCAUCCAAAGUUCUCAUGCUGCAUUGCUACAUUUUCAGGAACCCAUUGUCAUCCUGCAGCCAUUUCUGUCCGUUUUCGAGCAGCAGCUGUGAAUCAUUCUUGGGUUCCCUCACAAACGCCAUCCCCACCCGCCAUGUAUCGAAGUCACUUGUUCAUUCGGAAUUUGAAUCUCUAUAUGCCCCCGCUAUAUUAAGUGUAUGUGCUCGUUAGCACAGGUCUUUUUCAAGGUGUGUAAAUAAACUCAGAUCUGUACUGUACAACCUUUUCAUAGAGCAUAAGGUGUACACUUGAUUUUCUUUGUCUUGUUUCUAACCACAAAAGACAAAGAGGUGUAAUUAUUUUUAAGAAUCACUGUUUAUCAGUGACAUUGGUCUGCUUGAUAAUUAUUUUUGUAUUUAUGUUUCUCCUCCAGCAAUGACUUGCAAUGUUCCUCCGCAACAUUUGUAAUUAAAUAUAAUAGCAUACUCUAUCCUGUAAUUUUAAGCUAUGGGUUCCUAUGGUAACAUCAUGGCUACUAGCGUGAGCUUCAGACUAAUGGAAAAAUAUGUGGUCACUCUCUUAUUUUAUUUUUUUAUACAUAUAAAUUGGUCUUGGAUAACUGCAAAUAUGAAUUCCAAAAAAUUGUGAUGCAUAAAAUGUAGAUUAAAAACAUGAAAAUGAUUCACAAACCAAUUUCAACCUAUAUUCAAUUGAUUACGGGGAAAUAUUAUCUCACUUUGAAUUUUAUGCCUGCAACAUGUUCCUAAAAAGUCGGGACAGGGACAUGUUUUCAUAUGUGUUGCAUCACCUUUCCUUUUAACAACACUCGGUAAGCGUUUUGGGAAGGGAAGGCAUUCCGUAAUUGUUGAACCUUUGGAGGUGGAAUUCUCACCCGUUCUUGCUUACAGGACCAGAUUGUUACUAGUGCAAAGUUCAAAAGCCUGCAUCUGCGAUGGGAUGGGUAAUUCGCAUAUGUGUGAAGACAAUAGGAACAUGUUUACCAAUGUGCUAUUACCUUUCCUUUUACCCACACUCAGUGAGCAUAAAUUAGAUUUGCUUCAGUUCCCAAAUGAUUGAGCAGAGAUAUAACACAUUUUGGAAAAUGUUGCAGGCAUGAUUUUGAGAAUGAAUAUUUGACCCUCCCCCCUAAUAUAUAUAUAUAUAUUUUUUUUUUUUUUAUCAGUUUGAACAUUAAAUAUCUUGUUUUUGCAGUGUAUUCAAUUCUAUAGAAAUUGAAAAGACUUUGCAAGUCAUUGUAUUCUGUUUUUAUUAAUUCAUGUUUUAGACAUCCCAAAUUCAUUGGAAUUGGGCUUUGUUGGUGAUUAGGUAAGAGAUUUUUUUUCCCCCCGAGCUGUAUCACUUAUUGUCGUUCCCCUUUGCCUUUCGAGUUUCACUGGCAGCCUUUGUGAGAUGGAAAGAAAUGGAUGUGAAAUCAGGGAUCGCCUUAGCACAACAGUAAUUGUUAUACCGCUUUCGUGAUAACAUUGAUAAGGCUUGAACAAAGAAAGCAAGUGUUUAGCGAAUUUAGUAGCUUUUGAGAAUCGAGCAAUAAGAGCCCGCUUGAACAGUUUGCAUGGUACUUUGGUGUGUCAGUUCCGAAACGGAGUUGUGGUUUACGUAUUUUUUGUUAUACAACACUUUUUGUUUUGAUCAUAUUUAAAAAAACAACAACAACAACAACGGUACUGUCAUGAAAGUCACCAUCUUUUAAUAUGCCUUCACAGCUUUUUGAAUAAACUCCUAUGAUUCAGGUGAAUAACAUGCUUUCUGAAUAAACGGGGUUGUAAAGAAUGUCUCGCCAGAAUUCAGCUAACCCCAUUCAGUCGCAAAAACAAGUCAUACAAUUUGCAAAGAACGGCAUUGUGUUAACUGCUACACUCAAGAAGUAAGUGCAAACAUGUCCUCUGGGUUGUAUUCUGUUACGCCGCCCUUUUUUUUUGAACGGUCAUCUGUGUUCAUACAAAUAUGAACUUUAGUUUGCAAGAGUGCGACAUAACAAACACGUAAAACCUGUAAACUAUCUCUGGUUGGCCUUCUUUGAAAUUCUAUCUGUGUUGGCCUCGAAAGUCAGCUUGGCAUCCAGAAUAGUUCCUAAAUGACGACCUCUCUCCUGUGAGAUUGCAUCUUGCCGGAUAAAACCUCUUUCGAGAUGACCUACUUUCAAAAUGGGAAAAUCAGUCAUUGUGCCCAGAAAGACAACUUUUAAUGCACAAUAUUUAGUAUAUACUAAAGGAAGUAUUUCAUUGCACAACAAGCCUCCAUUGGAGCCUUGGAGGGUGUUACAGCAUCCUAUAACUCAAGCUUUUGAUGCUUACUGAACUGAGACAUUUUCAUUAUGUAACGUGAAGAUCCUGGGAUAUGGCAGAGUGUCAUGUCGUCAUCGGGAUUAAAUUAAGUGUUACUUCCUUUAGAUUUGUUGCAUUUUUCUUAAGUACAUUUGAAUUGCUGUUACAUCAUGACUUUGAAAAAAAAGUGUGGGUAACUGCAGUUGCAUUAACCCAGUUUGUAUGCAGAUUUGCAGCUUCAGAAACAACCACUUUAGUGGAAUUAAUGCAUUUUAGCCUGUUGACUCUUUCCAAGCGAAGCAUGUGAUAAAUGCAGACCGGGAAAGCUUUUAUCCAAGGUGAGCAGUCAUGGGAACGCUAUUUUGGUGAAGCCGAGUGAGCUUCCCUUUCUUUUUUAAUGUGAACAUUUUAAAUAAAUGAGCAUCUUUGCCAACUCUU